AGUAACAAAAUUAGAAGAGAAUCCCUCUCUUUAAAUUAGCCUUCCAUAUCAAAACAAACAACAAUCAAACCCUAGCCCUCAUCCCCUCCAAACUCCAAAGCCUUUCUCCUUAUCCCAAAACCAAAACAAAUCAUUCGACCGUUUUCUUUCAGAUCUCUAUCUCUCCAAAAAAAUCUCUUACCAGUUAAAGAGAGGGAAAAAAAGAAGCUAAGCGCUUUUCUUUUUUCUUUUUUCUUUUUUUUUGUCGUUUAGAAAUAGAUCGUCAAAGAAAACGAAGAUCUAGUUGUUAUCGUUGUGAAUGGUGGAAAUCUUAAGAAGUAGUAGUAAUUACAUGCUCUCCCUUUGCCAAUCAAGGGCGGGCGUUGUCUCUGUGGCCUCUGCUUUCGCUUUCGGAUCUUGCAAGGAAGGCUGGUACUAUCGCUGCAUCGGUGUCGACCCGUAAACAGAGAAAAACCAUCAAAAGUCGUUGUUCUCGGUGAUUUUUAUUCACAAAAAGUACCCAGUUCUUUAUUUUUUGUUUGAAGAAAGAAAGAAAAACCCAAUACCCAAUUUUCUUUUUGUUUAGAUACUGCUAUUUCUUUUUUGUUGAUUUUUUUGAGAGAAAAGAAAAAAGAAUACAAUGGUUCUUUACAAGCAGAAAAAGAACCAGGCAGCCAAGGGCAACAGGUUCUUGAUUAGCGUGACGGUGUUAGGGAGUGCAGGGCCGAUCCGGUUUGUUGUUAACGAGGAGGAUCUAGUGGUUGCUGUUAUUAAUACUGCCUUGAAGUCCUAUGCGCGUGAGGGUCGCCUUCCAAUUCUAGGCUCGGAUCUCAAUGAUUUCUUGCUUUAUUGUCCCAAUGCUGGUUCUGAUGCUAUAAGCCCAUGGGAAACCAUCGGAUCACUCGGAGCUCGCAAUUUUAUGCUUUGCAAGAAGCCACAGCAUCUGAAAGUGGCGGAGAAGGAUGGGAGAUCCAAUGCAGCAAUUUCCCAGAAGGGGAGUGGGAGCUGGAAGGCAUGGAUUAAUAAAGUCACUCAAUCUUAAAAUAUCUUCUCAUUGAUGCACUUUCCAGUAGUGAAGGAUAUGAUAUCUUCUCGUCAAUUUAUUAAAGUUGUUUCCAGUUUCGUUUAAGUUUUGCCAAAUUAUUCAAUUUGGUCUUCUUAUUAGUUGGCGUGGUUGUUUCAUUUACCUGGUAAUGUCCCUUUAGGGUUUUUUGUUCUAAUUCGAGUUGAGAGAAUUGUGAAGAAUUCCUGAUUGUUUAGGGAACCAAUCAAAUUGUUCUCCUUGAAUGUUUUUCUUUGAAUAAAAUAGACAUUUUUGGUUGUCUUUAGUAAA